AUGUCUUUGGUGUACAGCAGACAGCCAUGGUCUGAUCCACUCGCUAAUAUGAAUGUUUUUUAUGAUUUCAUCAAGAAAUCGCUGCACAUUGAUAUUAGCAAGACCCAAUUGUCUGGAAAAGUGAGGAGGUUGAAGAAGAAGUAUGAGAACAAUGCUAGCAAGAGUAAAAUGGGUGAGGAUCGGACUUUUUCGAAAGCUCAUAAGCAAAAAGCGUAUGAAUUAUCGACAAAGAUACGGUUUGAUGGAGCUAAUUCUGUAGGUGUUGAUAGUGCAAAGGUUAAUGGGAAAGCAAGGAAGAAUCAGAGUCAAAGAGUUAUUGCAGCUUCACCAAAGGUUGAUAGUGGAAAGGAAGAAACAAAGAUGCAAGUUGAGCUAAGUGUAGAGGUGUCUUUCUCAUAAUUUAACUUGGUUUUCAAUCUCUUCGUCUGUGAAUUGCG